AUGGGUGGAGGGGUCGUACGGUUCAAGGAAGUGAAUAACGUUCGAGACCAUUUUAGUGCGACUGAUUCACCAUCAAGAUACGAAUAUGCGGUUGCUCGAGAGUUCUUCCAAGAGCUUGGAAGUCCAUUCCACGUGGUUGUUGCCAUGAGAUCUUCGGAUGAGGGUAAUAUACUGAGACCAGAUUACAUUGACAAAGCAUUAGAGAUUGAAGAGUUCUUACAAUACAAAUUGAAAGUAGAGCAUGAAGGAAGAAACUACUCAUAUUCUGAUUUCUGUGGAACUCAAUGUGAAACUUCAGAUGCUGUUAACAUCUUCUUGACCAUGUUCAGAGAUCAGCAAAGGAAGAAUACCAGUCAUGUCAAAUUAACAUAUCCAUCUAUGGACGUAUUUGGUCAUCGUGUUUACUUAGCUAAUAAUAUAUUUCUUGUCGGGUUGAACAACAGAUCACAGAUUGUUGAAGAAUCUCGUCUUCUGGCUAUUAACUUCCACGCAAUUUACAGUAAUGAAAGUUCCUUGGCUAUUAUGAGAAAAUGGGAAAAAGCUGUCUUCAACUACAGCUUGAGUACUACAAAUGAUCCUUUAAUUCGAGUUUAUUGUACAUCUGAAGGGUUAGUAUCUGAAGAAGUUCGACGUACAGGAAUCUUGGCAAUGCCUUUGAUGGGAGUUACUUUCCUUAUCAUACUGGUCUUUACUGUUAUCACAACAUUGAAAAAGAAUCCAGUUAAAAGUAAAACAAUGGAAUCAAUUCUUGGAGUCAUUUGCCCAAUCCUCUCCUUGGUAGCUUCAUUUGGACAUCUAUUCUGGAUGGGAUUCGAAUACUUGCCUAUCGUAACAGUUGUACCAUUCUUGAUCUUGGCUAUUGGAGUUGAUGAUGUUUUCAUAUUCAUCCAUGCUUGGCAUAGAACCAAUGACAAAAAGACUGUAAGAGAUCGAAUGGCUGAGACUUUAGCUGAUGCUGGACCAUCAAUUUCUAUCACCUCGUUAACGAAUCUUUUAUCUUUCGGUAUCGGAAUCUUCACACCCACUCCCGCUAUUUAUACUUUCUGUGUGUUCAUCUCCGUUGCCGUUGUUUAUGAUUACAUUUAUCAAAUAUUCUUCUUCUCAGCUGUGCUGGUCAUUGGAGGUGAGAGAGAGGCUCAGAACAAGAAUGCUUAUUUCUGGUGGAUUGUUGAAAAGCCUGAAGAGAAGAAGUCAGCACAAGAACCUUCUUCCAUUGAAAAGUAUUUGGGACAUCUCGCAACUUCUGCUUUGAACGUUUGGGUCAAGUUCAGUAUGUGGAGCUACAGCAAGUAUCUCAUUGGAACAAUAGUUCUCUCCUAUUGGGCUAUCAUGCUUCAUGGCGUUAUGCAGAUUAAGGUUGGAUUAUCAUCUGAGAAGCUAUUCUUGGAAGACUCACCAUUAUUGGACCUUGUGCGUAUUCAAACCAAUGUGAUAUUCAAGGAAGGUGGACAGGUUGCCAUCUUUGUUAAUAGUCCUGGUGAUAUGGCUGAGCCUGACAAAAUUCCUGAGCUAAUGAGAAUCAUUCAACGAUUCGAAACAGCCAAUAACAGUGUUGGAGCAGCUAGUACCCACAAUUGGCUUCUACCAUAUCUGCCAUUCGUUGGAGAGAAGGAACAUGGAAGUAUUGAUUUCAAAUAUCGCUACUUGCCAGAAUUUUUCAAGCUUCAAGAGUAUCGUAAAUGGAGUCAUUUCGUGAAUCUUGGAAAUACUCAAGAUUGUUUAUCUGAACGAUCGUCAUGUCUGCAUAAGUUUGUAUUCACAACUGGUUUCCAUAACGCUGUUUCAUGGAGUGAUCGGUUAAGCUUGCUAGAAAGAUGGAGAGAUAUCGCUAGUGAGUAUUCUCAUCUCAAUUUGACUAUUUAUGAGGACUUCUCUAUGUACUCCGAUCAACUUCUGAGUAUCGUACCUGUGACUCAACAAACUGUGUUGUUCGCUCUGAUGUGUAUGAUAGUUGUCUUGAUGUUAUUCACACCUUCUUUGGUUACUAUUGUGACUUCUACAGUUGCUAUUCUCUCUAUUAACUUAGGUGUGUUCGGUUGUUUGGUAUACAUGGACAUCGAUCUCGAUCCUAUAUCCAUGACAACACUAUUAAUGGCUAUUGGUUUUUCUGUUGAUUUCGUGGCUCACGUUACAUGGCAUUAUUACAAAGGAGAAUUCGCUACACAAGAAGAACGCAUUCGUCAUGCUUUAGCAUCCAUCGCUUGGCCAAUGGUGCAAGCUGGAACUUCAACUAUGAUUUCGAUCACAGUCUUGGCUCUUGUUCAUGCUUACAUGGUACAAGUGUUUGUGAAGGUUGUUGUUCUUGUAAUUUUCCUUGGAAUGUGUCAUGGUUUGAUUGUGUUACCAGUCGUGUUUGCCGCUCUACCGUUCUCAAAGCCAUCAGCUAAUACAUUGAAGAAGAAGGUUCAUGACAGUGAGAAGCAUGGAAGUCCUAUGGCAUUGGAAGAGAAAAAGCAACAUCGUCACUCGUCCCAAGCAUAA